GCUCUGACCUUUACACACCACACUCAGUACCGAAUCUCAUUUAUACCGUAGUGAUUGUAAGUUAAAAAAAAACCAGGAAGAUUAUAAAUAUUCAAACAAUUUAAAAGUAUCAACGCACUAUGUUUUUGUAACUGCCUGCCUUCUGUUUGUAUUUUUCACGCCAGUUCACCUACUGUCAUCCUGAUGGAUGCGUGUGCGCACCUUCCUUUCACCACGUGACAGCUAGGUUUGACAGCCAAAAGCGAAAUUUGCGUCCGCCAGCCACCACAGUUUUUCUGUUUUUUCGCAGAUUUCACAAACUCUUCACGAACUCGCUGGUUCACAAACGGUGACGGACAACGACAACGAACGUACGGGGCACCGUAAGCCGGAUACUACCGUGUACCGUCCCAGAACGGUUACCGCCACGGAACCAUCCAGUUCCGUUUUGCGUGUGAGUUAGUGCGUGAGACUGUGCAUUGUUGCGCCGAUACGCUCGGAAAGAAAGAAGAAGUGUAUACAGGGGGUUUGGGGAAGGGCUGUCGGGGGUUUUUUUUUAUUUGGUGAGUGAAACAUCCACCAUCACAGUUUGGUCUGUGCGUUACGAGUGCGAAGAAAGUACCGGCUGAUCCCUUUCCGUAUCCGGGGCACGGUUACGGUUUCCACGGUACCGGGCAGUGAGAUACGGGCAGCGGUCCGUCCUACGCAGUUAGAAGCGACACAGUAAGAAGUAAGCUUUUGCGAAUCAUCUUUAUCAUCAACAUCAGCAGUACACUCACUGCCGAACGAGAAAUGGCAGAGAAAGCAGCAGUCACAGCAGCCGUUCCGGUAGCACUACCGCCAGCGGCCGUUCCUGCACCAACAACAGUAGUACCACCACCAGCAGCAGCAGUAGCAGCACCAGCAGCAACAACCACACCGCCAGCUCAACAGAAGCUAUCGGAAUCGGAUGAUUUUACGGAUAACUCAGCGGAAAACACAAAAGAGGCAAACCAGGAGGACACUUCGCAGCAAAGCGGCCUAGCGACGGUUGAGUCCGAGUACGAUACAGCAUCCGAUUCACCUUCUGAUGGUGGUGAAGAGGACGACGAGGAGGAAGAUUACGAAGAGGAAGAAAGUGGCGGUGAGGAGGAAGAGGAUGAAGAGGAUGACGAUGGAACGGAUGAGGAAGACGACGGUACGGAGGAGGAAGACGAUGAGGAUGAUGUGAUCGAGGUGCUGGAGCGGCAGAGUGGUGACGGUCAGGAGCAGGAUGCGGACAGCCGCCGAAAGGUGGACGACGAUGAGGAUCGCAGCAACCCGCAGUACAUCCCAAAGAAGGGAACGUUUUACGAACAUGACGAUCGUACCGCGGAAGACGAUCUGGACGAUUCUGGGCUGGAUGGUGACGGAGAUCAGCGCUCGAAGCGCAAUGAGGACGGGCUCGGUGAUGGGUUAGGCGAUUCACAUGGCGGUGGUGGAGGUGGUGGCCCCGGUAGCGGCGGUGGUGGUGGAGGCGGUGGGCUCGGUACACCCGGAUUGUACGGUGGUGAGCGGCGUGGCUCGGAGAAGGGUGGCAGUGGUGCGGGUGCAAAAGGCACAAAGAAAUGGCAAGCAUCUACCGAUCGGUGGACGCACGAUCGUUUCGAUGAGAGUGAGCAAGCACCCAAAUCGCAGGCGGAGCUCGUAUUCGCGUAUGGGUACGACAUACGUAGCGAGGAUGGUCCACCGAAGGCGCGCAGGAAGCGUCGUUAUGCUCGCGGACCGAACCGCUACACGCGCAACUGGGAGGAUGAGGAUGCGUAUCAAAAGUCAUCGAAUGCGGAGCAUCAUCAGCGGCAUAAAAAAGUACCGCGGCCAGAAGAGUUUCCCGAGCUGGCGGGUGCCAACGGAAAGAGUGGUGGACGCGCAACGGGCAGGGGCCGCAAUGGGCCGAAGAGUGGCAGCUCUGGGACCGUCGGUCCCGAUCAGCGAAGACAGUCUGCGGGAACGGAUGGUGGCCGCACGAAAUCGUCUGACGUACGGCGAUCGGCCGGUCAAGAUCGAUCGAUGGGUCGGUCGGAGAGAGUACGGUCGGGCGAUUGGAGUAGUGGAGCCGGUGGUGGAGAUCGCGAAAGGGAACAGGAUCGUGGCGCCGAUUGGGGGGAUCGUUCUGAGUACGGUGGUUCACUUCGUUAUCGGAACGAAGAUCGCGGUUCGCGCAAUAACUACCACAACAAGGAGAACAAGCUGAGUGGUGCGAGGAACAGUAAGGAGAAAGACUACAAGGUGAUUAACUCGUUGCAGUUUAAAAAUCAAGCAAGAAACAAAAAUAUGGAGGGCGGUAAUGGUGGUAAUGGUGGGGCCCCUGCUACCGGACCUAUUCCCGGAUCUGCUUCAGGUGCCGGCCUGUCUGACGGUAACCCUGGUGGAGCUCCAAUGAUGCAUAGCAACAGUACCGGUGCACUUUCCGGCAGCAGCAAUAGCAACAAGAUGAACAACCAUGGUCCAGUGCAGCAGCACAGCAGUGGCAGCAGCAACGCUAAUGCCGGCGGUGUAAGCAACGAUCGGAUUCAUCAUGCGGAAUCAAACCAGCAGCCGGGUAGGAUGAUGAAUGUAGUAACUACAUCGGCAUCGCUGGGAUCAGUACCUGUAACCGGUUCGCAGCAACAUUACGGACAUCAUGCGACGUCGUUGGGACAAAUGCAGCAACAUUCGCACCAGCAGCAGCAACAACCGCAGCAACAGCCAACGCAAAAGCUGAAACAAGGCUACAUGGAGGAAGACCAUUCAAAGUAUGCAGUUCCUUUGUAUGCUGGUUCAUCCACAAUGGAUCGAAUGCAGCCAAAUGUGGUAGCUGGCGGUGGUCCGGCCCCUGUUGGUAAUCUCCCGAUGAAUCAACGAUCUCAAAUCUCACCUCGAGCGAUCGUAGCUCAAACACCUCCAUCAGCAUCAUCCGAACAAGUGGCUUCAGAGCGUAUGGCUGUGCAAAUGGAGUACCAGCCGAUGCAGGGAUCCGCUGUGCCGCAGGGUUACGGGGGACAGCAACGUUCGAUGACAGUCCAGCAGCAGCAGCAACAGCAGCAACAACAACAGGUAUCCAAUCAGCUGCAACAUCAACAGCAAUCGAUGCUUCAAACGGAGGUUCCUCGCAAUACCAAACGAUACUCGACUCAGCGACAACGAUCUGCGUUGGAAAAUGCAGCCAAUGCUAGCGCGUUGCAGGCCCAGCAGCAGCAACAGCAACAGCAGCAACAACAACAUCAGCAACAGCAACAGCAAGCGGCAGCGGCAGCAGCUGCUGCAGCUGCUGCAGCCUCAAUGCACGAACAACAGCAGAUGUUGCAGCAUCAGCAAUUGUUGCGCCAUCAGCACGAACAGUUGGCGCAACAGAGCAAGCAGAAACAGGUCUACUCCCAGCAACAGCUUCCACAGCCGGGACCAGCACCCGGCGGUCUGCCGAUGACACUGCAGGCUGCCGAUUAUCAUGGUGCCGUUAGCAAAUCGCAUCAGCAGCCUCCUCCACCAGCACCGGGCGCACCGGGAGGACAAAAUCCCGCUCAAGUCCAAUAUCAUCAGGCGGCUGCCCUCUACUACACACCUGCCGGUGCCGCCGGUGGACCAUCGCCGGGCGAUUACGUAACGACAGCUGCAGCCGGUGGUCAGCCGCAGCAGCAACCACCGCAACAACCAAGUCAGGCACCGCCACCACCCCAGGCACAGUAUGCACCGCCACCGUAUGCCACGCAGGGACCUCCACCGCAGCCACCACAAGCCGCCACCUACAUGCAGGGUCCAGUGCCAGCCCCCAGUGCCUAUCUGCCUGCGCCACAACCUGCCAAUGUUUCAACCGUUCCGCAGCCACCUACCGGUGUACCUGGUGGGGUGCCACCACCUCCGAUGAACUUUGUGCCCGCACUUGGUCCACCUCCAACGGCGCCAGCACCACCGGGCGUCAGUCCAGGCCAGUAUCCGGGACCGGCCGCUUAUGCUACCGGCUUCCAGCCGGGUUACGCACCGACGGUUGGUGUGGUACCGCAAGCCGUACCCGGUGGACCUCCACCUCCAUCAGUCGUUACCGGGCCACCGACCGGUGGCCCCGGAGGUCCCCCACCGACGGUUUUGUACCAACCAUCCGGUGGUAUUACGUACUACGCACCCCAAACUCAAACACAAACACCAAGGCCGCUACCUACGGGCCGAAGGCCAACAGCCGCUAUACCGAUUCUAGCACCUCCAGAUCGUAAGCCUGCCGUCACUUCGACGACCACUCCAAGCUCGCAAGCUGCAAACAAAACGUCCAGCACUCGCACCACCGGUCCAGCGUCGGCAGGCGAUACGAAUGAAUCGACUACGGUUGAUGCUAACACCGGUGUUGCGAGCAGUGCGGACACUUCAACGCCGAGUGGCGCUACAGCAACGGUCGAUAGUGGCGAAAAUAUUGAUCAUAUUCUGGACAAUAUGUUUGUUCAACGGCCACAAUAUCAGCCACCGUCGAGAAAGAGUCCUUCGCCGGCACUGGCACCAUCGGUUGCGGCUCAGCAACCGUUACAACAAUCCCAGCCUGCUGGUAAUGACGCUGCAAAUGGUGCUUCCGAGCUGCGCAGCGAUGGUGGUAUUACCGGUGUCGAUGGACAAGAAUCGAUGGAUAAUAUUGGAGAAUCGGUCAAGAAAAUGUCCAUUCAAGAUACAGAUAAGCUGUCCCUUACCGGUAGCUUAGCGGUGGUGGAAAGCAAAGAAGUGACGGCUGGUGGUGGUGGUCUGAUCGAAACAAGCACCAGCUCCUCACAGCCAGUUGAAUGACGAUACUAAAAACCAGCGCUGCUGUGGAGAGUAGCUGCUUACAAUGCAUAAAUUUGUUGCUUGCCACAGCCGGCUAGAAAUCAUCGGUUAUAGAUUAUCCUCAAACCGUAAGUGUGAGAGUGCAUAGAGAGAUAGCAUUGCCCACCAGAUGUUGAACUAUUGGAAAUUUCUUUGUAUUUAGUUUUAUCAACAGCUAAAACUGCUAUACGAAAUUGAAUUGAAUUGUGAAUCUUGGUUAAUUUUUGCAAAAUUAUCAUCAUAUCAUGAGAAUUUCAUGCUUUUCGUUAACUCUUAGCUAUGCCGUAGCUGGCACCUUUACAGAAAGACUCUGUAUAUUCACCAAGGGGAUUGACAACAAAACAAGGUACGAAACCUUAUCGUACCCACAGAAAGCCGACUCAGUUAUUUCUCGCUCAAGGAAAGGAUUGUUUGGUGACAUUCACAUUCAUAAUUUCUAUUCCCGCUUUCUUUUCGUUGGAGGUACAAUGGAGCGUUAAAAGAAAGCACAACAAAAUUGGAACAAGUAGUGUAUGAGAUGAGUGAACCGAGCUAUUAAUAUAAGCAAUUGUGUAUAGAAAAAAACGGUUAGUCAAACCAAACCAGUCACUAAUAGAACAGGAUUCUAGCAUACAAACAAGGUAUGUACAACCUUGCGACAACCUAACACAACACACACACACUCUCUCUCUAUUUUUCAUUUUGAGACUCAUUUUCUAUCAAGCAAUACGAUUUCAUUGGGAAGCAAAAAGCAAAUGGGAACGUUAACGUUGAGGCAGAAUGUUUCAAAUAACUGUAUUUAUAUAACGCAACCGAAAUCGUACGGCGACGAUUUUGCAUGUAGUGUGUAGAGCAGAGUAAUUCAAUACGAAACAAAUAUUAAGUCAUUAUCUAGGAAUGGAACUAAUAAAAAAGGAACCGAAAUUAAUCGAACAAUAUGCAAUACGGACAACGAACCGAGCGACCAAA